GUCACAUGAUUCCUUAAUAAUUGUAACCGUUAGAGACGGCGAAAGUAUUUUUCGCGGGAAGAUUUCGCCGUGUUUUUUUUUUAGUGCGGUAAAGAAAACCUUAGAAAAACAUGACUGAUGAAAAAGCAAAGACACCCAUUUUGAUAGCAGCUCGAGAAAGAGGUCCAGGUCCAGGCAGGUAUGCGCUACCGUCAUGUGUAGGAUUCGAAAAUCAUGACUGCACCAAAUUACUCAAACCAGCUUAUUCCUUCGGCAGACGGUUAUAUGGGGAUGUUCGCAAGAGAGAUAUUAAUCCCGGUCCUGCUUACUAUAUUGACCCAAAGAUAACAAAGACCGGUGCUGAUGGUACACCUAUAUAUUCCAUGCUAGCCAGACAGAGGGAUCCAAACACAUUCAAAACACCAUCGCCUGGAAAAUAUUCACCCGAGAAAGUACAUCCACAAGGCGAAAAACAUGCUCCUAGAUACUCAAUGGGGAGUAGAACUCGAUAUAGAAAACGUGAUGCUAAUCCUGCCCCUAGCAAAUACAUGCUGCCACCUGUUCUUGGAAGCCACCAGUCAUACAAAGUGGCAUCUCCGGCUUAUUCCAUGGUCAAACGUCAAUCACUCGGAUCAUACUUGGAGGACUUAGCAAGUGCUCCUGGACCCGGAAGAUAUGAUGCCAUACCCCCAGAUAAUACAAUGGUUAAGCCACCACAAUACUCUAUGAGAUACCGUUGUUAUAUGCCAACAGAUGCGGUUAAGAAACCAGGGCCAGGGGCACAUCGCCCAGAAAACGUGUACAUUAACAAGGCAAUACCUCCCAAACACUCAAUAGGUAUACGUCACUCUGAAUACGUGUGUCCUCUCAUAAUUGGCUUCGAUAGCUAAAAAGGUUUUGGAUAAUUAAUUU